AGCGGUGCAAAGGUGGUGCUGUCUGGCGCUGCCACCUGCGGGAUCCCUGCUCAUUGCUGAGCCCCUGGUGGUUCACCUCCGAUUGCUCCUUGACCUCCACUUCCGUCGGAAGCCACAGGGAAGACACCUGGACACUGCAGGAGUCAGGAGAUGGAGCCCGUGACCUUUGAGGAUGUGGCCAUGAAUUUCACCCAGGAGGAGUGGGCUCUGCUGGAUCCUUCCCAAAAGCAGCUCUACAGAGAUGUGAUGCAGGAAACCUCUGGGAACCUGGUCUUUAUAGGAGAAAAAUGGAAAGAACUAAAUGUUGAAGAUGAGUUCAAAAGCCCCAGGAAAAACCCAAGAAGUCAAGUGGUUGAGAGACUCUGUGAAUGCAAAGGAGAUAGUCAGUGUGCGGAAAACCUUAACUGGACUCCAGAGCAUAUUUUGAAGGAAAAAACUCCUCCAGGAGUAAAACCAUGUGAAAGUCCUGUGUGUGGAGAAGUGACCAUUGGUCAUUCAUCCCUAAAGGUGCCCCUGAGAGGUCCCACUGAACACGAACCAUGUGAGCAUCAGGAAUAUGGAGAGAGGCCAUAUAAUCAGAAGGAGUGUGGGAAAUCCUUCAGCUAUUCUCAGUGUUUGCAGACUCAUGAAAGGACUCACAGUGGAGAGAGACCCUGUGACAAAAAAUGUGAUGAAGCCUUUAGGUGUUCCAGUCCUGUUGGAAAUCAUAAAAGGACUCACACUGGUGAGAAGCCCUAUAAAUGUAAGCAAUGUGGGAAAAGCUUCGCUCGUUCUAGUAUCCUUGUAGAGCAUGAAAGAAUUCACACCGGAGAGAAACCAUUUGUGUGUAAGAGUUGCGGCAAAAGAUUUACUCGUUCUAGUUCCCUUUACACACAUGAAAGAAUUCACACUGGAGAGAAACCCUUUGUUUGUAAGCAAUGCAGUAAAGCCUUCUGUGAUCAGAGUUCCCUUCGGUACCAUGAAAGAAUUCACAGGGGAGAGAAGCCAUAUGUAUGUAAGCAAUGUGGGAAAGCCUUUGCUUGUUCUGGUACCUUUCGAAAACAUGAAAGAAUUCACGAAGAAGAGAAACCCUACAAAUGUCUGCACUGUGUGAAAGCCUUCCGUUCUGACAGUGCCUUUCGAAAACAUAAGAGAGUGCAUACUGGAGAGAAACUCUAUGUAUGUCCGCAUUGUGGUAAAGGCUUUGUUUAUUCCAUUUCUUUUAAGUACCAUGUAAAGACACACAAUCGAGAGACAGAAAAGAAACCCUAUGAAUGCAAGCAGUGUGGUAAAACGUUCUAUAGUGCCAGUUACCUGAAAGAACAUGAGAACAUUCACAGUGGAGAGAAACCCUAUGAAUGCAAGCAGUGUGGUGAAGCCUUCCAUAAUUCCGCUUCCUUCCGAAGACAUAACAAAGUGCACACUGGAGAAAAGCCACAUGUAUGUGAGCAAUGUGGGAAAACCUUUGCUUCUUCUAGUUCCUUUCGGAGACAUAACAAAGUUCACACUGGAGAAAAACCACAUGUAUGUGAGCAGUGUGGGAGAGCCUUUGCUUGUUCUGGUUCCCUUCGGAGACAUAAAAGAACUCACACAGGAGAGAAACCCUAUAGAUGUAUGCACUGUGGAAAAGCCUUCAGUUCUGACAGUGCCUUUCGGAGACAUAAAAGAGCUCACACAGGAGAGAAACCCUAUAGAUGUAUGCACUGUGGAAAAGCCUUCCGUUCUGACAGUGCCUGUAGAAGACAUAAAAGAGUGCAUACUGAAGAGAAACCAUAUUUUGACAGCAUUGCAGCAGAGCCUUCAUUUAUCCCUCUUCAUUUAAAUACCACGUAAGAGAAACCUUAUGGAUAUGAGCAAUGUGGGAAAACUUUCCUUAUUUUGAAUCAUUUUAGAGCACAUGAACAAGCUCACAGGGGCAAAUCCUAUGUGUAUAAGCAGUGUGAGAAAAUCUUGUUUCUCAGUUCCCUUCAAAUACAUGAAAAGAUUAUACACUGGAGAGAGACCCUACGUUUGUGAGCAGUGUGGGAAAGCAUUCCGUUGUUCCAUUGCCCUGAGAACCCAUAAAAAAACGCACAGUGCAGCAAACCUGUACGAACUCAAGCAGUGUGGUAAAGCAUUUGGUGAUCCCAGUUCCCUGAAAACAUGAAAAAAUUUACAGUGGAGAGAAACCCUAUGUAUAAAAGUCUCCAUUUGGCUCACACAUGUGGAUGCACACUGAAUCAAACCUUGUCAUUGUGAAGAAAAAAAAUAAAACCCAAGAAAGUUAUUAGUUGAAACACAUUUUCAAUUAAUGAAAAAUUGUCAUGUAGUGCAAUCUUAUGAGUAAUAUGAAGAACUCGAUGCAAAGUAAUUUGUGUAAAAUACUCCAGAAAAUACGCAAUCUGAAGGAAAUACUACAAGUUAUAAUAAAGAUUGUGUUUAUCAGGGGCUCAUUCUUGUUGUGGGGGAGUAAUGGAAGUUGCAUCCAAGGGCACUAUACUACUGAGCUACAUCCCCAGCCCUUUUUUCAGGCAAUAUAGAGGGUGGAGCAUCAUACUCCUUACAACCCCACCUA